AGUGGGCAACACGGCAGUAGACUUUGCCGGUUUCUGUAUUUCCUCACGCAUUGGAAUGAAUGAAUUUUGUUUUAGAGCUUCAUGCUUUUGGAAAAGCAACUUUAGUUUCGUGAAAAAAACAUUUGACUGCAACCGAGACCUCGUUCUGGUGGAAGAAGCUGGGCAUGUGUUCCUGUUAAUGAAAAAGGAUUAUCGAAUCUCCCGAAAUGUUCGCCUCGCUUGGUUCCUCAAUCAUUUGCAUCAAACUGUGCAGGCUACACCCCAGGAAAUGCUGCUUCAGUCUGAACAGGAGUUGGAAGUCCUCAGUGUCCUGCCACCUGGGUGGCAGCCAGAUGAACCAGUGGUCCCAAGGCCAUUCCUUCUCGUACCUUCUACCCGAGUCACCUUCCUGGCCUGGCAGUAUCGAUUUGUCAUUGAGCUGGACCUUAGCCCAUCUACUGGUAUUGUGGAUGACUCCACUGGGGAGAUCUUAUUUGAUGAAGUUUUCCAUGCCCUGUCCCGCUGCCUGGGUGGGCUGCUUCGGCCUUUCCGAGUGCCUGGAUCGUGCAUCGACUUCCAGCCUGAGAUCUACAUAACUAUCCAGGCCUACUCCUCGAUCAUUGGCCUUCAGUCCCACCAGGUGCUGGUACAGGGCUGCCUCUUGGACCCUUCCCAGCGGGAGGUGUUCCUACAGCAAGUGUAUGAGCAGCUCUGCCUCUUUGAGGAUAAAGUGGCCACCAUGCUGCAGCAGCAGUAUGAGCCCCAGAGCCAGGCAGAAGACCAGUCUCCAGACUCAGGGGAGCCACUGGGCCGGAAGGUGGGAGUCUCCAUGGUGACCGCUGAUCUUGGGCUAGUCAGUAUGAUUCGUCAGGGCAUAUUGGCACUACAGUUGCUACCUUCAAACUCUAGUGCAGGUAUCAUCGUGAUCACAGAUGGAGUGACCAGUGUCCCUGAUGUUGCUGUUUGUGAGACACUGCUGAACCAACUUCGCAGUGGCACCGUGGCUUGUUCUUUUGUGCAGGUCGGAGGAGUUUACUCUUAUGACUGCUGUUUUGGCCAUGUGCCCAAUGUGGAAUUGAUGAAGUUCAUUGCAAUGGCAACAUUUGGCUCCUACCUGUCCACUUGUCCCGAGCCUGAGCCAGGCAACCUGGGUCUGACUGUCUACCACCGGGCAUUUCUCCUCUACUCCUUCCUGCGCAGUGGAGAAGCACUGAACCCUGAAUACUACUGUGGCUCUCAGCACCGCCUAUUUAAUGAGCACCUCGUCUCUGCAAGCAGCAACCCUGCCUUGGCCUUGCGCCGGAAGAAGCAUACUGAGAAGGAGGUUCCAGCUGACCUGGUCAGUACCGUGUCUGUACGGCUCCGAGAGGGCUAUAGUGUCCGAGAGGUCAUGUUGGCCAAAGGAGGGUCCCAGCUGGAGGUGAAGCUGGUGCUGCUAUGGAAACACAACAUGCGCAUUGAGUAUGUGGCUGUGGCACCCUGGCCCCUGGAGCCUGAGGGCCCGCGAGGAACACGGGUAGAAGUGACAAUGGAAGGUGGCUACGACAUUUUACAUGAUGUGUCCUGUGCACUGAGGCAGCCCAUUCGCUCACUGUAUCGUACCCACGUUAUUCGGCGUUUCUGGAACACACUGCAGAGCAUCAACCAGACAGACCAGAUGUUGGCCCAUCUUCAGUCCUUCUCCUCAGUGCCCGAGCACUUCACUCUUCCUGACAGCACCAAAAGUGGAGUGCCACUCUUCUAUAUCCCUCCUGGCUCCACCACCCCGGUGCUCUCCCUUCAGCACAGUGGUUCUGACUCAUCCCACGCCCAGUUUGCUGCCUACUGGAAGCCAGUGCUGUCCAUGGAUGCUAAUUCCUGGCAGCGUUGGCUGCACAUGCAUCGCCUGGUGCUGAUUCUGGAACAUGACACACCAAUCCCCAAGCACUUGCACACGCCGGGUAGCAACGGACGCUACAGCACUAUCCAGUGCAGGAUCUCCCACUCCUCGCUGACCUCUCUGCUUCGUGACUGGAGCAGCUUCGUGCUAGUGGAGGGCUAUUCUUAUGUUAAGCUGCUCUUCAGUGCCCCAGACCAACCACCCUCCUCCUUCUACAUGGUCCGCAUCAUUUCCAAGGCCCCGUGCAUGGUUCUUCGCCUGGGUUUCCCCAUUGGCACGCCAGCACAGGCCCGGCACAAGAUUGUAUCAGGCUUGCGGGAAGAGAUACUGCGCCUGCGUUUCCCACACCGGGUGCAAAGCAAGGAGCUGACACCCAAGGUGAAACGAAAAGGGCUAGGGGGCAUUGGUGGAGGCAGCUCUCCCUCCAAGUCACCCCCAACUCUGGGGCCACAGCAAGCCCUAUCUGAUCGUCCCUGCCUUGUAGUCUUACAUAAGCCACUGGACAAACUGCUCAUCAGGUAUGAGAAGCUACCACUGGACUACCGGGCACCCUUCUUGCUGACACUGGAGCCACCAGGGCCACUACCCCUGGUGUCAGGCCGCUCAGCCUCUUCUAGCCUAGCAUCACUGUCCCGCUACCUCUACCAUCAGCGCUGGCUCUGGAGUGUCCCGUCAGGACUGGCCCCUGCGCUGCCACUCAGCGCCCUUGCCCAGCUCCUUUCUGUCCUUACUGAAGUUCGACUUUCUGAAGGGUUCCACUUCGCCUGCAGUGGGGAAGGAAUUAUCAACAUGGUCUUGGAACUUCCAAUUCAGAAUGAACCACCAGGGCAGACCACAGCUGAAGAGAAGCACACAUGCAUUGUCCAGUACAUCCUCUUCCCCCCACACUCCACCUCUACCAAAGACAGCUUCUCAACAGAUGAUGACAAUGAUGUGGAGGUGGAGGCCCUGGAGGGAGACUCAGAGCUCAAUUUGGUCACCGAGGUGUGGGUGGAACCUCAGUGUGGGCGAGUAGGACCUGGCCCCGGAAGCUGGAAGCACCUUCAGGACCUGACAUACUCUGAGAUCCCUCAAGCUCUCCACCCGCGAGAUGCUGCCUGCAUAGGUUCCAUGCUGAGCUUUGAAUACUUGAUACAGCUGUGCCAGAGCAAGGAGUGGGGUCCUCUGCCCCCAGAGCCAAGCGUCUCUGAUGGAUUGGACCGGGGAGGAGACAGCUGUGUCCAUGAGAUCCCUUUCCAUUUUGAUCUAAUGGGAUUGCUGCCCCAGUGCCAACAGCUCCAGAUGUUCUUCCUCUUGCUUUCCAGAGAGCCAGAGGGUGUCCCUCUCGCCGAGGGGCCCUGUCCCGCCAACGACUUGGUGCUGUGCCUGGUGCACAGCUGCCUGGGGCAGGAGCUGAGUGACCAGGAGAUCCCCCUCACCCCAACUGACCAGGCCGCCUUCUUCAGUGAAGUGCUACAGCGGAGCUGUCACAGUUCAGAUGCAGAGGGGUCAUCAACAGGGGUCCACGGGCUCCUGAAGGAUCAAGCAGUCGGCAGCGCCCAGGCCACUAGAGACUCAGCUUCUACCACCCUGAGUGUAGGUCUCCCUGAAGCACUCAAGCCUCUCCUCUCCUCCCAGCCCCCUCAGUGGCGCUGCUAUGCAAGGCUUGUGAGUCCUCAGCAUGUAUUUCUGACUUUUCUCCCAGCUGCCUUCUCAGAUGUCCAGCAUCUGGCCACUUGUGGCCUAGAGAGACCCUCUCAAGAGGAGACAAAGCCUAAGUUUGAAGAUUGGAAUGGGACCCCCAGCCUGAAAGAUCUGAGAGGAACUGGGGUCAAGGCUACAAAGUCCCAAGUCCCUAUCCUCAGCGUCACCCUGGCCGAUGAUAAUGCCCAGCAUCAAGGAGAGAUGAGCCCACCCUUCCGUCGGGACUUACAGGCUUACACCGGGCGUCAGGCUUCCCAGACAGAGGGUACAGAAGGGCCCCGGACCCGGUGUCCUGUCUACAUCUAUAGCUGUUCGCUAGAAGCACUGAAGGAGCAAAUGGUUGGCACACAGCCCCCUCAGGCAUCCCAAGACCUCAUCUUCUGGACUCAGUUCCUCGACCACCCUUCUCCCUCCUCAGCCUGGCUGGAGCCCAGGUACAAGGAGGCAGCCAACCACUGUGCCUUGCUGCAGGAGCACGCACAGCGAUGCUAUGUCCGUGGGCUGUACCGGAGCUUGCAGCAGGCACAGAGCGUGACCUCCCAGGAUGUGCUGACAGCAGUAGAUGCCUGUGAGGAGCUACUACAAGAAGUAGACAUCACCCCUUUUCUCCUGGCACUGUGUGGCCACACUUGGGGUUUGCCUCAUGCACCCCCAAGCCCUGGUCCCCUCAGCCCUGGACCCUUCAGCAGCAGUAUUGAAGAGGGCCCCGAGCCUCGGGAACGAGCUAUCCUAGCUUCUGAAUCCAGCAUAGAGACUGAAGACCUAAGCGAGCCUGAGUUUCAAAGCACCCGUGUCCCUGACAAUCCAGACCCUGGCCUGGAGAUCUCUCUAACAGACAUCUGCCAGCUCAGAGGAGAGAAACACGAUGCCCUUCAGAGCCUCAUCCAGGAGAAGUUCCUGGAGAUCUGUCAUCUCCACUUCUGCACAGUGCCCUCUAAUCCUCACUACUUUUUCUACUGUCCUCCAUCUAGCAGGCGAGAGGAUGAGGGCCCCCGGGACACAGUAGACAGAAAAGUCAGUGACCUGGAGUUUUCAGAGGCUGAGCUCAUGGGAGAAGAGGGGGACACAUCUGCCUGCUGCGUGGUCACUGAGAGUGACCCAGAGCUGGAAGUAGAAUACCGUGAGAGCCGUGAACCAGACCUGGGGCCUGCUGGGCUAGACUCGGCUUCGCUGUCAGAUGCAGACACUGUGAACCCAGAUGAAGACUCCUUCAGUAUCUUGGGGGGCGAGUCACCCACUGGGCCUGAGAGCCUCAUGCAUGACCUGCCACCACUCUUCUUGCACCUCACGUGCUCCAUGCGGCUGCGUGGGCAACAUAGCUCAGUACCUGUGUGCAGCCUGCCCACCUGCCUGGGCCAGGUGCUUUCUAGUCUGGAGGGUCCCCCCAUUGGAGGCCGAGUUCCCCUGAGGGACCUCAGUGUCACUCUGGAUGUCUUCGUGCUGACCUUGCCUCUGGAAGUGGAGCUCCCCCCAGCCUCAGACCCUCAGCACCACCGGUCAACAUCUGAGAGCAGUGCUUCAUUUCCACGAUCCCCAGGGCAGCCAUCAUCUUUAAGGUCAGAUGAUGGCCUGGGGCCCACACUGCCACCCCCAGAAGAAGAGAGGUACCCAGGACUAUCCAAUUUGGCUGUACCCCACAGACUGGCUAUAGAGACCACCAUGAGUGAGAUCCGGUGGUUAUUGGAAGAUGAGAUGGUGGGGGCACUCCGAAGAGGGGGAAUCCCCCAGAGCCCUGCCCUGCACCGUGCAGCUGCCCACAUUCACAGCUCUCCUGGGCGUUCCACCUGCCUUCGCCAAACUCUGCCACUGAGUUUUGUAUUUGGGCCAGAGCGUUCCCUCACACAAUUCAAGGAGGAGUUCCGCCACCUCCAUCUUCCUGGCCAUGUUCUUCUUGAGGACCCUGAUAGUGGCUUCUUCUUUGUGGCAGCUGGCCAGCAGCCAAGUGGGUCCCAUGGAGAACCUUCUUCAGCGGCCUGGGCUUGGCAGAGUCAUGAGGACAGGGCUGAAGGCAUUGAAGGGGAGGCCCUGACAGCCAGCCCCCAAGCCUCUGGGUCCCUAGAAGAUUCUGAGGGCACCAACCUCAUCAGCCUGCCCAGCCUGCCACAAGGAGGGAGUCAGCCUGGACCCAGUCGGGGACUAAGCCUCAUGUCCAGUCAGGGUAGUGUGGACUCAGAUCACCUAGGUUAUGAUGGUGGCAGCAGUGGCUCAGACAGUGAGGGUCCUAAUGACACCCUCAGUGAGAAAGCCCCCUUCACAUUGCGGUCUCCACCUGGGCCAGCACCUCUACAGCCUUCACUCUCAGGCCUCUCCGGCCCUGGCCUGCCUGACUUCUGGCUCAUUGUCCGGGUGCUGCAGGACCGUGUGGAAGUAUAUGCACAUGCACGGAGCCUGAUUCGGGAGGAUGGGGGUCCAGGCACCGAGUGUCGCCACCUGCAGCAGCUCCUGGUGAGGCGAGUUGGGGAGAUCUGCAGGGAAGUCAACCAGAGACUGCUUCUUCAGGACCUUCAUGACAGUCACGUGUGUAACUCUCUUCUGGUGGCUGAGAGUGAAGAAGAUCUGUGGCGCAGUGAGACUCCCUUCCACUCCCGACAGCGGGCCCUACUGUCCAGUGAUGAUUAUGCUGCCGAUGAGAACUGUGCACCCCGAGGAUACCUAGCAGCCACAAUGCAGUUUGUCCCUGGCCAUUUCUCCUGUGACAUUGUGUGGGGAACUGUGAUUCGAGUCCAUUCACGCCUCAAAAUGGGGCCCAGCAUGGGAGUCUCUCGAGCCAUCCAGGCCCUACGCUCUGUGCUCAAUGCCUUCUCUGUGGUGAACCGGAAAAAUAUGUUUGUUUAUCAGGAGCGAGCUACGAAGGCUGUGUACUAUCUUCGGCUCCUGGAGACAUCCUGCAGUGACCAGCCAUGGGAAGGGGAUGCCCUGCCCCCUUCCCUAGCUCUGUCCCGAAGCCAGGAGCCCAUCUACUCUGAGGAAGCCUCGGGUCUUCGUUCUCCCUUAGACAUGGCUUCCAGCCGCAGUUCAGAUGCUGCUCGUCCCGUGGGCCAAGUGGACAGACAUAUCCAGCUGCUGGUACAUGGUGUAGGGCAGGCAGGUCCUGAGAUCACAGAUGAGCUAGUGCGGGUUCUGCGUCGGCGCCUGGAUGAGGCUACACUGGAUGUCAUCACGGUUAUGCUUGUUCGGAACUGUAAGCUGACACCAGCCGAUGUGGAGUUCAUCCAGCCCCCUGGAAGUCUCCCCUCAGAGGUGCUGCAUCUGGCCCUGCCCCGCUCCAGCAGGUGCUGGCUUCCUGCCCUGGCCUGGUACCUACGGCAGAACCUGCUCAUCUUUCUGCACUCACCCAAGUACACAGACAGCAAUAGCCGGAACCACUUCCAACAUCCACUCCCACCACAGGGUGGCCUCCCUGACUUGGACAUCUACUUGUAUAACAAGCCUGGUGGACAGGGCACUGGAGGCAAAGGGGUCGCCUGCAUCACUCUAGCCUUUGUGGAUGAAGGAGGGGCCCCCAUUUCACUCGCAUUGUGGCCCCCAUCCUCUCCGGGGCCAUCAGACCUACUGCAAGAGGAGGAAUUUGAGCAACAGACUCAGGUCAUUCGCUGCCCAGUCAUGCCAGACAGUCCUUCAGCCCAGAAUGGGGGCCCACGGCUUCGGCUGGAUGUGUGGGAAAAGGGGAACAUUAGUAUCGUGCAGCUGGAAGAGAAGCUCCGGGGAGCAGCUCGCCAGGCCCUGGCCGAUGCCAUCAUGGAGCUUCACUUAUUGCCAGCUUCACUGUGUACAGAGGACACACCUCCAGGAAGUCUGAGGAGCGGGUCACUGGAAACCAAGACCUCUACAGGCCGAGCUAGCACCUUUCUCCCUGCCCCUGUCCCUGGGGAGCCUGUGACUCCACCCAGCAAGGCUGGCCGCCGUAGCUUCUGGGAUAUGCUGAGUAAAACAGAAUGUGGAGAUUUGGGUUCCCCCAAAACAACUGAUGACAUUGUCCUCAAUCGGCCAGAAGAUACUCGGGGUCGGAGGCGUCACAAAACCGAGAGUGUUCGGACUCCUGGUGGAACCGAGCGGGCACCAGGCCCAGAUUCUGGAGCACAAAGACAAAGACGCCGGACUAUACAGCUAGAAGAGGGUGAGGUGGGGACCCUGCAUCCUGUGUUUGCUCUCGUCACUCGGCACUGGAUGGAGUUUAUGGUUCAGAUUGGUUGCUCCUCAGUGUCCAGAAGCUCUACCCACAUGGUGUCCCGCUUCCUCCUUCCAUCCAUUCUGUCUGAGUUUACCACUCUGGUGACCUCAAUGGCUGGAGACACCAGUGUCCGUGUCUUUGAGCAGCAUUUGAGUUCGGAGCCAGAGAUCUUCAGUCCUUGUUCCCCUGGGCAGCUGGGCCUAGCUCCCCGCCCAGCAGCUGAGCGGCAUCUGCUACUUCUGGGAAGGAACUUCUUGCAGUGGAGGAGACCAACCCAGCAGGCUGCUAAAGCCAUGCAACGCUUUGAGCCAGGAGGUGAUGGGAGCUCAGGACGAAAUGCUUCCCGGCAGAGAUUCUUGCUACUGGAGAUUGUGGAUAAGAAGCUACAGCUGCUGACCUACAACUGGGCUCCAGACCUGGGGGCAGCACUGGGCCGAGCACUGGUUCGCCUUGUGCAGUGGCAGAAUGCACGGGCCCAUCUCAUCUUUUGCCUGCUCAGCCAGAAACUUGGACUCUUCCAUCACUAUGGCCAGUUGGACUUCCCAGGGCGAGAUGAAAAGGAGCCAAACCCAUUCCUGUUGCCAACCAUGGAAGUGGAGACCCUCAUCCGGAGUGCAAGCCCCCCACUAAGCCGUGAGCAGGGCUGGCUGAGUGUGUCCUCUCGUGGUGGGGGUCCCCUUCCCCUGGACACAUUCCCCUUCGAUGAGGCCCUGAGGGAUAUCACGGCUGUCCGCCCCAAUUCCACACUUGGUCCUGUGCCCAGACCCCCUGACCCAGUCACCUACCAUGGACAACAGUUCCUGGAGAUCAAGAUGACAGAGCGCAGAGAGCUGGAGCGCCAGAUGAAGAUGGAGAACUUGUUUGUAACCUGGCAGCAGCGUUCUGCUCCAGCCAGCAUGCCCAUAAGUGCCGGGGAGCUGGAGACCUUGAAGCAGUCGUCCCGCCUGGUGCAUUACUGUGCAACAGCCCUGCUGUUUGACCCAGCUGCCUGGCUGCAUGGACCCCCAGAGACUACUGGGCUCCCUGAGGGGCAGCGGCGCCAUCGCCCUGAAUCAGGGUCUGGGAGCCGAGAGGCCCCAGCAAGCUGCGAAUCCUUGGAUGUGCCUCCACCAGGAGUCCGAGAAGAGCCGUGGCUGAAGGAGCUGAGCGUGGCUUUCCUACAACAGUAUGUGCAGUAUCUGCAGAGCAUAGGCUUCGUGCUGGUACCACUGCGGCCACCCUCACCUGCCCGCAGCACCAGCAGGCCGCGGGCCAUGGCUAUCCUUGGAACUGAGGGUCGAGGUUCCUUCUCCUGCCCUAAGAGCAAGACUGAUGGGAGCCCCAAGAGCACCAGCUCUCUGGUUACCACCUACCACCUACAGCGGGCACUGCCCGGGGGCAUCAUCCUCAUGGAGCUGGCUUUCCAGGGCUGUUACUUUUGUGUCAAACAGUUUGCUCUGGAAUGUUCUCGGAUCCCAAUGGGGCAGGCUGUCAACUCUCAGCUGUCCAUGCUGUUCACAGAGGAGUGUGACAAGGUGCGGGAUCUGAUGCACGUGCAUUCAUUCAGCUAUGACUUCCACCUGCGCCUUGUGCACCAGCAUGUGCUGGGCACCCACCUGGUGCUGCGGCAUGGCUACCACCUCACCACCUUCCUGCGACACUUCCUUGCCCACCAUCCUGACGGCCCCCACUUUGGCCGCAAUCACAUUUACCAAGGGACACUGGAACUGCCUACACCACUCAUCGCUGCCCACCAACUGUAUAACUAUGUAGCUGACCAUGCCAGCUCGUACCACAUGAAGCCAUUGCGUAUGGCCCGACCAGGAGGCCCAGAACAUAACGAAUAUGCCCUGGUGUCAGCGUGGCACAGCUCCGGCUCCUACCUGGACUCUGAGGGACUUCGCCACCAGGAUGAUUUUGACGUGUCUCUGCUUGUCUGUCACUGUGCUGUACCUUUUGAGGAGCAAGGAGAGGCUGAGCGGCAUGUUCUGCGGCUCCAGUUUUUCGUGGUGCUCACCAGCCAACGAGAGCUCUUUCCUAGACUCACUGCUGACAUGCGCCGGUUCCGGAAGCCACCCAGACUGCCUCCUGAACCAGAGGCUCCUGGGAGCUCAGCUGAUAGCCCUGGAGAAGGUUCAGGGCUUGCUUUAGACCCUGGACCAGCUCCUCUGUUCCCACCCCUGGCUGCAGAGGUGGGCAUGGCACAGGCACAGCUGGCUCAGCUGGUACGGCUGGCUGGAGGGCACUGCCGCCGGGACACCCUCUGGAAGCGCCUCUUCUUGUUGGAGCCAGCAGGGCCUGAUCGACUGCGGCUAGGGGGGCGCCUGGCCCUGGCAGAGUUGGAGGAACUCCUAGAAGCAGUCCAUGCCAAAUCUAUUGGGGACAUUGACCCUCAACUGGACUGCUUCCUGUCCAUGACAGUCUCCUGGUACCAGAGCCUGAUCAGGGUUCUCCUAAGUCGCUUCCCCCAGAGCUGUCGCCAUUUCCAGAGCCCAGACUUGGGAACUCAGUACCUGGUUGUACUGAAUCAGAAGUUCACUGACUGUUUUGUACUCGUGUUUCUGGACUCCCACUUGGGAAAGACGUCCCUGACAGUGGUGUUCCGAGAGCCUUUCCCAGUACAGCCCCAGGACAGCGGGAGCCCUCCAGCCCAGCUGGUCUCCACCUACCACCACCUGGAGUCUGUCAUCAACACGGCCUGUUUCACUCUCUGGACCCGCCUUCUCUGAGGGAGCAAACCACCGCAUGUCACUCUUCCUCAGAUCAUGUAUCUGUAAGAUUGCCUACCUGCGGUGCGACUGGCAGGCCCAGACACUGACUAACACCAAAGACUUUGUGAUUCUGUCUUGGGGGUCUGCUGCCCCAGCCUGGCAUCAGGGACUGUCCUCCUCAAACACUCAUAGCUGCUGACCAAUCCAGGACUUCAGAGAGUCAGGCCAACUUUCUGAGACCACCCUGGGCCCUUCCAGAAGGAUGGCUCCUCCUUCCCGCUCACCUGGUAGAGUCCCAAGUAUUCUUGACCCCAGGUGGCAGGCACCCCCAGACUCCCCUGCCUGACUCCUGGCCCCAGGCUUUGCUGUCAGCCACCUGCCCCUCCAGAGCCAUCUGGUCUUCAUUUCCCACUGGAGCAUCACUAAUGGAUACCACCCUCGAGAUAAGACACCUUAGUUCCAAUGUCAGCUCUGCCUGUGAGGCACCUAUAACUACAGUUAAGUCCCUUUGCUCUCACACCCUUGGUUUCUCAUCUGUAACUGAGGAGGUGGCCUCCAAAGCUCUCCUGUCUCCACAGCAACCCUGGCACCAAAUGGAGGAUCUGAGCAUGA